GGGGCUUGUCUAUCUCUCUGUGUCGGCAGUGACUCACGCGGCCAUCCACCGCGAGGGGGAGCUGCUCCACAGGUGGCCGCUCCGCCUGCUUCCUCCCUCUGUGGUUUCAUCACAUGGACCCUGAGAGGAGCCUGCAAGAUCAGCAGACAUUGACCGCACAGACGCUGCCAUGUUUGAGACGUGUGACUGGAACGAUGAGGGUGAAGGUCUGAUCCCGAGUCCGGCUGAAAACGAUGAAAAGUCCAGUGCUCAGGAGAAGGGAACGUCAAGCAGAAAGAAGCGGCUGAAGAGAAACCGUCAGCUCCAGGAGGUCCUGCGCAGCCUCAAUACCCCCAGUACUCUGUACCCCGACCUCCCGCCAGCCCCGGACACCACAACUGCCAAGAGGCGGAAGAAACCUGCACCAGGUAUAACGAGUAUAGUAGGACACCUCCCUGAAGUUGACCCCAGGGCUGAGGAACCCCCGCAAGCUGAAGAAGAGCACCCCUCACAGUCUGAAGAGAGGCUGAGCCGCCGGCAGUGGAGGAACAAGCUGAAGAAUAAGAAGAAGAGUCGGAACAAGUUCAAGGUUGACUCUGGGAUUUCGGGGCAAAGAGCCGCAGAGAAGAGGGACACGGCCAGAGAUGAGGGAGCAGGGGCCACAGCAGCUCCAGGAGAGGCCCCACGAAAUCGGAGAGACAGAAGAAAACUAAAGUCCCAGAAAUCCCAAGGGAAGCAGAAUGGAAAUGUCCUGGUAGAUCGAGCAGAGCAGACCCAACCACCGCCGGGGAGCUCUGCAUGGAAACAGCCAAAGGCCGAGCAUCUCCGAGCAGCUGAGCCAAGGACAUCGGCAUAUGGUGAGGGUGACCGGGUGACCCCUCAGGAGAGAGCCAGGCUGAGGAAACUGAAGAAGGUGAUGCAGUGCCAGGCUGGAAGCAAGGCAACAGAGAUCGCCGGUGAGGAGGACCCCCAAAAAGCCUUCAAAGAAGCCGAGCAGCCACCAGAGGCUGAUAACAGCGAUGCCAGGCAGGACCGAUCAGCAGAGCUGCGCUCUCGUAUGGAGCAGAGACUGAAAUCUGCACGCUUCCGCUACAUCAACCAGCAGCUGUACACGUCAGACAGUCAGGAUGCCCUCAACCUCUUCCAGCAAGACCCCGAUGCCUUCACCUGCUACCACACUGGCUUCUCCCAGCAGGUCCAGCGAUGGCCAGUCAACCCCAUUACCGAGAUCAUCAAGUACAUCAAGAACAGGCCGUCCUCUCUGGUGGUCGCUGAUUUCGGCUGUGGAGACGCCCUCCUGGCACGCAGCGUUCGGAACAAGGUCCAUUCCUUUGACCUGGUGGCCCUGAACGAUCAUGUGACGGUGUGUGACAUGGCCAAGGUGCCUCUCGAGGGCAGCUCGGUUGAUGUCGCCGUCUUCUGUCUGUCUCUGAUGGGGAAGAAUCUCAGUGAUUUUCUGCAGGAGGCGAAUCGCAUCUUAAAGCCGGGUGGGGUGUUACUUGUUGCCGAGGUGAGCAGUCGUUUUGAUGACAUCAGGCCGUUCCUCAACGCAAUGUCACAGUUGGGCUUCAAGAGCAUCAAUAAAAACACAGAAAACUCGUAUUUCUUCCUCUUUGAAUUCAGCAAGACGGGAGGUGCGCGAGAUGCCUCCAAACAUCUAGGCCUGCAGCUGAAGCCGUGUCUGUACAAGAAGAGAUGAGGGCCCGGGGCCCCCCCGGACAUCACAUGAGCACUGACUCCUGUACAAAUACAUUGUGUUUUGGAAUUUUUACUUCUUUUAAGUAUGGAUGCCUCAUGCAGCUUUCUGAUCCUCGGGUGCCUCGCGCCUCGUUGAGCUGUCUGACUUAUGGUUGCUUUGCUUCUGGGGGUAAGCAUCUACUUUAUAGUUACCCCUCAUUAAAUCAUGAAGCAGUGAAGUGGGCAAAAUCCACGGCAAUUCACAGUAAAGCAUGAGCCACCCGCCGGUCACUAUUACAUACCUGACGAGGAGUUGUCCCAUACCUUUUACCUGCCGGUCACUAUUACAUACCUGACGAGGAGUUGUCCCGUACCUCAGCCACCCGCCAUUCACUAUUACAUACCUGACGAGGAGUUGUCCCGUACCUCAGCAACCCGCCGGUCACUAUUACAUACCCGACGAUGAGUUGUCCCGUACCUCAGCCACCCGCCGGUCACUAUUACAUACCCGACGAGGAGUUGUCCCGUACCUCAGCCACCCGCCGGUCACUAUUACAUACCCGACGAGGAGUUGUCCCGUACCUCAGCCACCUGCCGGUCACUAUUACAUACCAGACAAGGAGUUGUCCCGUACCUCAGCCACCCAGCAUUCACGAUUAAAUACCUGACGAGGAGUUGUCCCGUACCUCAGCCACCUGCCGAACACAGUUACAUACCUGACGAGGAGUUGUCCGAUAACCACAGCCACUGGCCGGUCACUAUUACAUACCUGACGAGGAGUUGUCCCGUACCUCAGCCACCCGCCGGACAGGAUUACAUACCUGGCGAGGAGUUGUCCCGUACCUCAGCCACCUGUUGGAUGCUGUUAUAAUGUACAGAGUAUUAUAAUUACAUUUUAUUAAAGUCUUUAUAAUUGUAA